CCACCGCCCUCAGCGCUCAGGGCUCGCUCAGCUUCGGGGCGGCGACGCUGGGGAGCAACUCGGGGGCUUUCGGGACCAGUAUGGGCUCCCUAGGGGGGCCUCUGCCGUCCAUGGGGUCUUCGGGAUACUCUAGUCCUAUAAGCAGUUCCUUAGGCGGAUCCCUCGGGGGUCCUCUCCUGCCGCCGCCUCCGUCGAUGUCUCCUUUCUCGUACCAGCAAGGCCAGACGUUACCGAGUAUGAUGGGCGGCAUGAGCGCGGGCGGCUGCUACACGUCCGGCGGCUACCAGGACGCCACCUACGCCUCGUCAGCGCCCCCGCACAUGUUCCCCGCCAUGAGUGUGAAUGUGUCCAUGAACAUGACCAUGGGCGUGUCCAAUGUGAACAUGGGGUACUCGCCCGACCCGUCGCUCCAGCACCAGUGGCCGGCGAGUUGCGCGAGUCAGCAGGUGACCUCCGUGUCCCCGAUCAGCGGCAUGGGAUACCCACAGCCCUCGGCUCCGGGUAUAGUUAGCCCUCUACCCGUACCAUAUAGUGGGUCUUGCAGCCAAGGUUACAGCGUGGGUUCUUACUCGUGGGCGGGUGACCUUCGCUCCGAGCACCCGCCCAUGCCGAGUCUGGACCGUGACCUCUGUCUCAGGUCACCGCCGCUGCGACCUCGCCCGGGAUCGCCUGGUGCGCCAUACCCCAACUCCACACCACCCGGCGGCCAACUCUCCCCGACCCUGAGCGCCCUCCGCAGGCGUCCCAGCUCCGUGGGGAUGUCCGGCAUCACCAGCUCCCUGGACGUAACCAAACCCAUGAUGAGUGACGGUCUUAAACCCAACCUGUGUCGCAUCUGCGGCAAGACGUACGCCCGGCCGUCGACACUGAAAACGCACCUCAGAACACACAGCGGCGAGAAACCAUACAGGUGUAACGAGUGCAACAAAUCCUUCAGCCAAGCGGCCAACCUGACGGCGCACGUAAGGACACACAGCGGCGAGAAGCCCUUCCGGUGUCCCAUCUGCGACCGCCGUUUCUCCCAGUCGUCUUCGGUCACCACGCACAUGCGCACGCACUCCGGCGAACGUCCCUACCGCUGCAGGAUGUGCAAAAAAGCUUUCAGCGACUCAUCCACUCUCACCAAACACCUGAGGAUCCACUCCGGGGAAAAGCCCUACCAGUGUAAAUUGUGUUUAUUGCGGUUUAGUCAAUCCGGGAACUUGAAUCGCCACAUGCGCGUCCACUCACAAACUUCCUGAGUAUUCGGCGACGGUUCGGUCUGUUUAUUUUGAUUUUCAUUAUGAUUACGAUGACGAUUUUAUUUUUAAUCUAUUAUUAUUACUUUAUUUUUUUUUGUUUAUCAUCCCUCUUAUUCCUAAUCGCCCUACGCUCGCCGCCCUCCCCCUCCCCCCCUCUCCCCUCUCCCUCCCUCCCUCCGUCCCUGAUCUCUCGCUCCGUUGCCUCUCCGUUUGUCUCGCGUCGUGUGUGCAUGUUAGCUAAACUGCAUGGCGGGUCCCAAGUUCAGCGCCCGUGUUUCACUCUCUCCCUCUCGCCCACGCCGGGCCACGAAGAUGAGGCGGAUGAAAGAAGACGAAGUGGGGAAAAAAAGAAGGAAGAAACGGGAGGCAAAGAAGAAGGACAAGAAAAUCAAGACAUAAGGAAAUGUGAAUUAGAAGUUACCGACAACAAAGCAGAUGAAGAAAUUGACGAAAUCAAAGAAACGAAAGUCGAAGAAGAAGGAAAAGGAGAACAAGGAGGAGAAUAAGAAGCUAGAGACAACAAAGAACAACAAGAAGACGAAGGAGAACAAGAACACACAAGCAAAGAAGAGCCAUAAAACAAAACAAAACAAAAUAAAAACAAAAAAGAAAGCCAUCGAAUUUGGCGCCGCUGGAACCCAUUGUGAGCAGCAUUUCGUAUUGUUGUUUUCCUUUGCAAAAUCAUUUAUAUUCAUUAUGAUUAUUGUUGCUAUUACUAUUAUUCUUACUUUUAUUAUCAUCAUUGCCAUUA